AUGACCACAAACUGCAGGGAUCAACUUGAUGCAGCACUUAUCCGUCCAGGGCGUGUGGACAAGGAAGUGGAAUUUACACUGGCAUCAGAGAAGCAAAUAGAAUCGAUUUUCCUGCAUUUGUACAACGAAAACCACAUCAACCUUGUAGAUAUGGCUACUAAGUUCGCCAAGCUAGUUCCCGAUUGCCAGUAUAGCCCGGCGGACAUCCAGAACUAUCUUUUGAAUAAGAACCCGAAGAGUGCGGUUACAGGAGCUCAAGAGCAAUUCCCAACCAGAGAGUGA